GGAAUCGUGAGGUACCUAAGAGCAUAGUUCUCAUCUACGUAUCUGCUCGGAGGCCAAAGAAUCAUCGGCCACUUUGAUACUUCAACGGUCACCAUUCACCAACCCUAGCGAGUGUCGUCACUUCUCUGGCGCUUACCACCGCCUAACCCGGCUCGCCCGGCUACCAGCCGCACUAUACUCGGACAGUCCCCACGGGGAAGCAUUACCCUAUUGCUCCUUCCGGCACUCUAUCCACCAAGUCCCAUUGGCGAAGAGCCAGCUUACAAGAAUUGUGUGACCAUGGUUUAUCUCGGAAAGCCAUCCAAGGGCUGUCAAGUGUGCCGCACACGAAGAAUCAAGUGCGAUGAAACCAAGCCAACAUGCAAUCAGUGUCUCAAAGCAAGGAAACAAUGUCCCGGGUACAAGGAUGACUUUGACCUAGUCUUCCGUAAUGUUACCAAGGCAACAGAAAGAAGGGUCCAGAGAGCCAACAAGAAGGGAAAGCAAAGGCUAUCAACAGGGAGUGAUGGCUUCAGCCCAGGGUCAGGCGCCUCAAGGCCGCCGUCGUCAUCGUCAUCCGUUUCAGUGUCAUCAUCAUCGAGCGUCGACGGGGAACAGCAGUUUUCUCUCACAUCUACGGCACGGAAGACAGUCAGGUCACCCUUCGAGCUCGCGGUCAUACCGGCCAUUCAAAUCCCCACCGAGACUCAGGCGUCAUGUCACUUUGUGUCCAACUUUGUGCUCAUUCCCCGCCAGGGAACGACGAGGGGGUUCAUGGACUAUCUGAUCCCACUCAUGAAAACGGAGACGAUAUCAUCGGCACCCCAUCUCCAGUUUGCGUUUAAUGCAUGUGCAUUGGCUUCGCUGGGGAACAGAGUCAAGAGCGACGGGAUCGACUUCGUUGCGAGCGCACAUAGGGAGUAUGCGAAAGCAUUAAGAGCCACUCAGGCCGCGUUGAUGGAUCGGGUCAAGUGCACAUCUGAUUCGGUCUUGGCUACGGUGUUACUUUUGGGUAUGUUCGAGAACAUCACGGCAAAGAAAAUGGGCGAGUUUGCGUGGGGUUCCCAUAUUGAAGGGGCCAUUCAACUUGUCAAGGCCCGAGGAAAGAAACAACUAACGACUCAGAUCGGAUUACAGUUGUUCAUCGCCGUACGAACACAGCAGAUAAUCCACGCUUUAACUUCCGGUUGCCCCCCGAUAAUGGGCGUCGACUGGUGGCUCGACAACGCCGUCAACGACUCCUACGCCGCCCACUGCUGCCGCCUUAACCUCCAAACCAGCGAGCUCCGCGCCGAAGUAACCCACAUAAUGACCCACGGGACCGCCGGUACCUCCCCGUCCUCCCCCUCCUCUCCUCGCUCACCCUCAGCACAACCCUCUCCAUCAACCUACGAACAGCGAACCGCCCGGAUCCUCUCCUUCAUGCGACGCUCCCAAGAGCUCGACCGCGCCAUAGUCGACUGGAUGGCCUCCCUCCCGCCGCACUGGCGCUACCGCACCCUGUGCUGGCAAAACUACGUCGCCAACACCGACUACGCCCACGCCGAGGUAUUUCCCGGCCGAGUGGACGUGUACAACGACGUCUGGAUCGCCUCGGUGUGGAACAUGGCACGUGUCACACGCUUAAUUCUCGCCAGCAUCACGGUCCGCUGCGCCGCGUGGGCGUGUAGUCCUGUUGAUUACCGGACCACACCCGAGUAUGCGCAUAGUGCCAGGGUUUGUGCUGAGGUUAUUAGUGAUGUGCUGGCGAGCGUGCCGUAUAAUUUGGGGUGGCAUUAUCGGACGAAGAGGAGGAGGAGGCAGGGUCAGGGCCAGGGUCAGGGUCGUGGGAAUCGGAAUCGGAAUCGGAAUCGGGAUAACUAUGAUGAUGAUGACGAUGAGGAGGACGGUGAGGACGAUGAACAAGAGGAGGAACAACUGUCUGGGUUCGGAUGUGGCGAGGAUGAUGAGGGGAUGAAAGGACUGUCUGGGUACUUUUUAACGUGGCCGUUGGCAUGUGUUAUGGCGCAGGAUUAUUUGACGGAGGAUCAGAGGACAUGGGUGAGAGGGAGACUGAGGUAUAUCGGUGAGGAGUUGGGGAUUCGGUAUGCGAAUAUUUUGGCGCAGUUACAAGUACGCAUUCCAUCAAUGCUCAUCCGCCGCGAUGGUCUCAUGGCCCAACCAUACCCCAAUGCCCAAGAUUUUCAACAUCUUCUCUCCUCGGCGAGGAAUUCACCACCGAUCCUGCCCGGAUACUCGCUCAAUCCAAUACAGGAAAGAGAGAAGAUGCAGAUGGAGUUUAUGGAAUUGAAGAAGAAAGAACUGCUGGCAAAAGCAACCGGUGCAGCAGGGAAGGAGGGACGAUACGAUGAGACCACGAAUAAGUCUGGGCGAAUGGGGAACAAAGGUGACAGCGAGGAGAGACGAGAGGAGGAAGAGAACGUCAUGUUUUUCGCACGCAAGUUGCUUACUGUUUGAAUGAGAAGAGCUUGGGAUUCCGAGAAAUCGGCGGGCUGUGAUGUCGGGGUUCCGGGUUGUACAUACACGCCUCAGGGCCUUUCCAUAUGUACCUACUGAAGAUAGAAUAGACCUAAUACAAACGAAGCAACCACAAA